AUGCCGCGCAACAAGCGUCUCGUGGCGGUGCGGGUGCGUAUGUACCCGGGCGACGUGCGCGAAGUGCGCGUCGACCCCGCGGACGAAGUCGCGCGGAUGAAGCGUGACAUAUGCGAGGCGUUCCAUGACGCGUUCGCGCAAGCGGGACCACACGGGGCCUCGCUGCUGCCCCCAGACCCAACCUACCUCAGCCUCUGGGCUCGGUGCUCGGACGGCGGCGACCUCGCCCUGCUGGAGCCCGACGACGCGCUCGUUGAGGACUUCGAGGUCGCAGCAGGCUCCUUCAUCCUCGCUGCGAUCGCACCGCAACCAGCGCGCCAGGCUUUCGCAGCUCCCGCGGCCGAUCCGGCCCCGCCCAGCAAGCGGAGGAGGGCGCUGCCGCUCGACGCGCCCACCGCGCUCCCGCCCGAGGCCGAGGCGAUCCUGACGGCCAACGUGCUGCCGUCGGAGGCCAUGGCGCCGCGCUUCGACGGCGACGACAGCGGGGAGCUCGCGGCCGCCGUCGCGCAGUACACGUCCCUCCUGGCGACCCCUGGGUCCCGUCUCUGCAAACAGCGCCGCGCAGGGAGAGAACAACGGUGA